CCCACUUUUACCUGCCACUAUGCCAGCAAAUCAAGCCUUUAUCCGUCCUACUUUGUAGGAAGUGGAGAGUCAAGCGUGACAUGGAGGGAGACUCACUGCCAGGGAAGUGAACUGAGUUCCGUUUUUCAGUCACACCAACAAAACAAGGACAGGACAGUCUGCCAUGGAUACCAUUACCAUACUGGCUUAUUGCCUUCUGGCCAUUUCUUUUGCUAUGGCACAAACAGAAAAAGAGAAUUUGACUACCACGCCUACAACAACAACAACCCCUGACUUAAACUUGACUCACACAACUACAUUUGUAACGUCAUCUAACUCCACUCCACAUGCAACUGUUAUUUCAAACAUGACUGAGGAAACAACUCCAUUUACCAGCACAGCCCGAGACAAUGAGACAGUCAACGAAACCACAAGUCAGCCCCAGACCUCUCAGUCAACAACCAUCUUGAUUCCUCUACCAAAUAGUACCUCAAUGACAACCACCACACCCGCCACUCACGCUCAAACAUUCACAAUGCUCACAACGACAGCAAUCCAGACCACAGCAGGUUACAUAAGUACACCUGCUACUACUGUAAUUACAACUGCAAAUUCCUCUCAUAUUGUCAAUACAACUUCAGAUUCAGUGGACAGCAUCACACAAGGUUUUGGACUAAACACUUCAGAAAAGAAUAUGACUAUUGUCUUCAGUGUUGCACUGGGAGUGUUUGGACUGGCACUGGUUAUGUUUAUGUUUCAUAGAUGCAAACAGAAAAUCCAAUACUUGCAUCAGCCACUUAACAACACUGAUGGGGAUGCAUUUGUAGCAGACGAUGACACACUCAUAAUUUCUGGAGGACUUUAUGAUGGCCAUCCGAUCUACGACAAUGUACCUGAAGCCCCAGAGGACCGAUCUCAAUUUCGCCUUGAGUUCCUUCAUUGACGAGAGACAGUUAGCUACAUCACCUUUAAUACAUAACAGAUGUGCACAACCAGUUUUCCUCAUCCACCAGUUAGUACAAUUUCAAGACUGAAAUUUCACAGCUCUUAAUGGGAGGCUGACAACAAAGAGAAAGGGAUAAUGAUGAUGGGAAGAACAAGGCCAAAAAUGACCGAUUUGAACAUUACUUUUACUACUAUCACUCUCAAUACUAGGAUAGAUAAAUAUAUGAAGAUAGUAAUACAUAACAACUACACCUUUUCCUACACCAACAAUAUAAACUUGUUCAAAAUAAAUGAGAUUUCAUGCAAACAUCAGUAAA